UCCAUACUAACUUUUCUUAAGUCAAUAUGGAAGAUCCUAUUCAAACCAUCACAGUCACCACCAAUCCUGGUUCUAAUCAUGGUGUGUGUUAUCGAAGGACUCAUAGCAUUUGGUACUGCACUGCUCACCAUAGCUACCAUGCCUUACUUUGAUAUUAUAACUAACACCUUCAUUCUGAGCAGUGUCUGCUUCCUACCCUCAGUUCUACAACUGGCCUUCCAAAUUAGAAGCCUGUCCGCAGUUAUUGUGAGGCCACUGCUGUCCCUUGUCUUCGUUAUUCUUGGAUUUGUGUGUUUUGGAGUAGUGAAUUCAUUAUCCCACGGAAAAGACUUCUCAGACAAGAAUCUGUACAUAGGGCUUGCUGCUGGUGCAAUUGUUUUGAGUUCUUUGAACUGGUGGGAGAAUUUCACUUCCCUUAGUAAGAGUGAAACCAUACAAAGUAUCCGAAAGCAACUAAUGCACUCUAGAAAUAUCACCAACAUAUGUACUAGUAUUACUCGAAUAGUAGUUAUUGCAGCUGUUGUAGGCGGGUAUGUGCCUCUUGCUAAUAUGAAGUGGAAUGAUAUCACCACAACUGAUAUAGAAGAUGUAAAAUUAGCCCUUAGCCUCUUUGCUAUUCAGGUUGGUACAUCUGCCCUUUGUCACUGGUUUGGGGUUAUAGCUUGCAAAAUGCAUACUAUACGAAGCAGUUUUAUCCUCCCCAUGUUGUUCACAUCACCCGUGGUGCUUGUCUCAUUCUUAAUUGUUUUUGGAUUAAAUUAUAAAGCUGCUCAGGACAUUUCAUUUGCUGCAAAUCUGACAAUUACCUUGGCCGAUGUCUGCAAUUCAACUUUACCUUCCUUGACCAGCAGUCAACAAAUGGAAAUAAUUUUCUCAGGGAUCAUUCAAAGUAUAUGCAAUAAGACAGCAAUUGAGUGGCAAGACCAACAGGCCACAUCCAUUGCACUGCUAACAGUAGCUGUGGUCAGUUGGUGGAUGGGUUUUAUUUUGUCUACUGCUUACGUCUGGAAAAUGAAGAUCGACCGAAUACAGAGAACAAGUCAGCUAUUUGUCCGACGUAUGUUUGAAGCAGCUUUUAUAAAUGAGUCCAUGCUGCUAAAUACAAGAAUGCAACACAGCUGUUCUGAUGCCAAAAAAGAGCAUGUGACGAUUUAUCUUUGUGCAACAAUGUGGCAUGAAACACUUGAUGAAAUGAUAAAAAUUCUUACAUCCAUAUUCAGGUUAGACAGGUAUCAUCAGAAUAAAAAAGGGAGAAAAGAGGAGUUUGAUUUUCAAGCUCACAUUUACUUUGAUGAUGCCUUUAUUGAAACAAUCGAUGAACUCACUGGAAAGAAACAGAGCCAAGUGAAUGAAUACGUAGAAGAUCUUGUCGUCGCCAUGAAUGAAGUAUACAGUGUUUUCACAGCUGAAGAGAGGUCUCAACUUUUGAGUGACCCAAAGUUGAAAAGCACAGCACAGAAAAUAAUGGAUUCACCUUAUGGAGGCCGUCUUUCUUACACAUUACCUCAUGGCAACAGCUUAAUUGUCCAUCUAAAAGACAAGCAACAGAUAAGACACAAAAAGCGAUGGUCACAGAUUAUGUAUCUUUACUAUUUGCUGGGAUGGAAAUUGUAUCGCAAACAUGCAAUUGAAAUGGACCAACAAACAGAAUCAAAAGAAAAGAUUACGGAAAAGUUGGAGAAAGAAAGGAUGAACACCUAUAUUCUGGCUUUAGACGGGGACACUGACUUUCAGCCUUCUGCCUUGAUGCUUCUAGUUGACCGCUUAAGAAUGUAUCCUCAUGUGGGAGCUGCCUGUGGUCGCAUCCAUCCUACUGGAACAGGUCCAAUAGUCUGGUAUCAGAAAUUCGAAUAUGCAGUGGGUCAUUGGUUACAGAAGACAGCAGAACAUGUUUUAGGAUCAGUACUUUGCAGUCCAGGUUGCUUCAGUCUGUUCAGAGCAGCUGCACUAAUGGAUGAUAAUGUCAUCAAAACAUACACAAGGAAGGCUACUGAGGCCCAACAUUAUGUCCAGUAUGACCAAGGUGAAGAUCGGUGGUUGUGUACUCUGUUGUUACAGCAGGGCUGGCGUGUGGAAUACAAUGCUGCCUCAGAAGCAUAUACCAAUGCACCUGAAGAAUUCAAAGAAUUUUAUAAUCAAAGGCGACGCUGGGUUCCUUCAACCCUUGCCAAUACUCUUGAUAUUCUACAAAAUGGCCAAAGCACAGCUAAGGUCAAUCCUUCCAUUUCAAGACCAUAUAUAUUGUAUCUGAUUAUGAUAACUGCCUCUGCAGUCUUGAUUCCUGCUGCGAUGACUCUCAUGAUAGCAGGCUCCUUCAGUUUCGUGUUUGGAUGGAGGGGUGAUGUGAGCAUUGUGAUAUCUGUCAUUCCACCUGUGCUGUACAUCAUAGUGUGCUACAAGUUAAAACCAGAUACACAGAUUUUUAUAGCUGCAUUCCUGAGUGCUCUCUAUGCAUUUCUUAUGACUGCAACCAUCUGCUCAGUUAUAGGUCAGAUGAUAGCAGAGAAGACCUUUAUAACUCCAUCUGGCAUGUUCCUCUUAUCAAUGAGCACACUUUAUCUAUUUUCUGGUCUACUGCACCCACAAGAAUUCUACCUUUUGUCGUAUGCAUUUAUAUAUUUUAUAGCUAGUCCAAGUGGCUACCUCCUGUUAACUAUUUAUUCAAUUGUGAACAUGAACAUUGUUUCUUGGGGUACCCGAGAAUCAGCUACUCCAAAACAACGACAACAACAAGAAGAAACAACAAAUUUACACGAGUGUUUCAACAAACAAUGCCACUUUUUUUGCUGUGAUUGCAGAAUUCAAAUCACUGAUAAUCGGAAAGUUGUAAUCUUAAAUCCUCAUCCUCAGCCAUUGUCAGAAUGUAAAUCAUUAGAAGCUGCAAGAACAUCUGAAGCAUUAGAAGCUGCAAGAACAUGUGACACUCCUUCCGCUUAUGAAAAUGUUUCAAUAUCAAAACACUGGGUGAACCAAAUGAAAGAAAAAUCAUCAUAUGUUCAGCUUCAAGAAGAUAUAAUGGAUGAUGAUGAGUCGUGUUUUUGGGUUGGCCUAAUAUCUAAGUAUUUGGAACCCAUUGCAGAAGACAAAACCCAACAAGAAAAAGUUAAAAAAGACCUACAAAGUCUAAGAAACAAGGUAUCCUUUUUCUUCUUCUUGAUGAACGCUUUGUGGAUUGUAGCCACAUUUUUCCUCCAGGUUAUUGGUACCCCACUCUCUGUCCAGAUACCUAGAGUCUACCUGAAUGGAACCGUAAGCUAUAAGGACCCUCUGUAUGUCGAGCCUUUAGGAUUCAUGUUUCUUGUUACAUUUGCCCUGCUGCUGGUAAUUCAGUUCUUUGCACUGCUCUAUAACAGAAUAUAUACUCUAAUCCAUAUAUUAGCAUUUGUUGGGACACAGAAAAAUAGAUCAAGUCUUACAAAAUAUCUUGAAAAUUCAUCUGAUGAACCCACACCGAAGACUCUCAAAAGGUUCUGGGAAAAUCUCAGUCCAAAGGCAAGUGAGCAGAAUGGAACUCUAACGUAUGCAAACAUUUAUACACUUUAGUGUAAUACCAUCAACAAGUAACCAUCUCAAGCUGAAGCAAACUGCGCGUCUGUACUACAGAAUUUUGCACUAUUUUUAUUACUUCUUGCUAUCGUUUUGUGAAAUGAUGUGAAAAGCAUAACCAGCACUUUUGCAGUGGUUUCCAUUAUUGUAUACAUAUAACCAAUGCUGCUGACCUACAAUAUUUAACAUAAUGGAAUUGCACUGCCACGCUUAAAUUUCUGAGGCAUGCACCUUUCUCUGUGAAGAAAAUGUCUUAACAUCACCCUGAUUCUUCCAUAAUCCCUCUCGAAUGAAACACAUCAGGCUCAGUAAAGGAUAACAACUUGAAAAUGUAAUGCAAGACAUUAACAAGAAGGCAAACGUUUUGCAGCUUGCAGCUGUGAUAUUAAAUGCAGGAAUGCAUGCCCUUUUCCCAUUCUUCAGGCUGUCAGAAUUAUUUAUUUAAUUAAUUAUGCACUCUGUGCUCUGAAAGGUGAGAAAUGAAUGCACCUUCAACAAGUUUCAUAUUGUUGGUAAAUAAGCCAUAAUUCAUUUCUUGUAUAAAACUUGAAACACUGUAGUUCAUUUGUCAUGGUGCUGCAAUAAAAGUGAGUGUCUGUGGACUGAAAUAAGAUAAAGUAUUGUACUUAGUUUUUUUCCAUAGGUCAUAAGUGUGUACUAGGUUAACAACCACUGGAGCCUUUUUAAGCCUAGCCAUGAAUCCCAAAUCUCUAACAUGUUCUGGUACCCUUGAUAAG